CCCUCUUCACUCUUCUCUCCCCAUCCCUCGUCUCCCAUCUCGCAUCCCAUACCAAUUCGUCACCAUGUCCACCGGUCUUGACAUCGUCCACACUGCUGGCGCCGCCCAGCCCGUCGGCCCCUACUCCCAAGCCAUCAAGGUCAACGGCCAGAUCUUCCUCUCCGGUCAAAUCCCUCUCACCAAGGACGGCGUCCUGAUUGAGGGGUCCGUCACCGAGAAGACCCGUCUCUGCUGCGAGAACAUCAAGGCCGUUGUCGAGGCGGCUGGCUCUAGCGUGGAGAAGAUCUUCAAGGUUACGGUCCUCCUCGCUGAUAUGGCCGACUUCGAUGAGAUGAACCAGGAAUACGGCAAGUUCUUUGCUCACAAGCCGGCUCGCUCUUGCUUUGCUGUUAAGCAGCUGCCUAAGGGUGUGCCUGUUGAGAUUGAGUGCAUUGCUCUUGCUUAG